GUUAGUCAUUUUCUUCCAUGUCUCAGUUCUGAAUUCGGAAACUCAGAAAAAAAAAACACUGACCGCUUUAUUUUAGUGGUGGCUGGCUGUACCUGCCGCCAUUGAAAUUGUCUGAAGCUUUCUUUUUAUCGAGACUCUCACAUUAUCAGAAGAACCAGCUUUGUAACGGCUAGCACCUCAAAUACAGAGCUUAAUUGGAACCGGAAUUAUCGAAGAUGGCUGACUGAAACAUUUGAUGGCCAUGAAAUGCUUCAUGAUGAGUUGUCAGAUAGUAAUCUCGAUGAAAAUGGUAACUUGAUUAACCCAUUGGAUCAACAUUUUCCUUUCACAAUGACACAUGGGGAGCCGUGUAUAGGUAUGGAGUUCGAGUCUGCAGAGUAUGCUAGGGAGUUCUACGAAAUGUAUGGUCGACGCAUGGGCUUCACCAUUCGGAGCAAUCGGACACGUCGUUUACUCAAGGAUAAUUCAAUAAUCGUUCGAGAGUUUGUUUGCUCGAAAGAAGGUUUCCGUGCAGAGAAAUAUACAAAGAAAGAAACCCGAGUUUCCCAAUCACGGCCUGCGACAAGAGAGGGAUGUAAUGCAAUGCUGAGAAUAGCAGCAAAGGAUGGGGGAAAAUGGGUUAUCUAUGAUUUUAUUAAAGAACAUAAUCAUGAACUGAAUCCGAGCAAAAUACCACAUCGACGGUCACAUAGAAUUGCAUUUUGUGAGGAUGAAAAAGAUCGUAAGAUUCGAGAACUUGCCAUGGAGCUGCAUCGCGAGAAAAAGAAAUCUGCUGCGUACCAAGAACAGCUUCAGAUGGUUUUAAAUUAUAUCGAAGAGCACACUCAGCGCCUAUCCUUAAAAGUUAAUUUGGUUUCCAACAAUCUGAGGGAGCUUGAAUCUGAAGACUAAGAGCGCACUCAUUUUCUAAGUCGAUUCUCGAACCGUGGAAGUUGUUAUCGAAGAGAUCAGUUAAUCAUAUCACUGAUUGCGGAGAUGAUUACUGUGCAUAUCUUGAUUUCAAGCAACCUCCCCUUACACGUAAGUGAA